AUGGCGACCUCGAGGGACGAGUCCCCUGACUUGGACGACGCCCGCAGUGGGCACGCCGCGCGCGCACAGAGGAACACACCAGGCACCGAGAGCGAGGACCUCUUCAUGAACAUCGCCGAGGACAGUGCGCCCAGACAGCGCGCAAUGGACGCUGCAACUCGGCAAGACCGCCUGCGCUCGCGCAUCGCCCGCGUGAACAAUCGACACUCAACCCCGUCUGGCCUACAAUCGUCCUCACCGGCACACGCCAUAUCCGCCUACACCACGCCGACCACCAGUCGCAUACCCUUUUCCACUUCCGCAGACCCAAAGUCGACCGCAUUGCCCCGCCGCGCCACAGCCCUGCCUACACCCUCCAGGCCCGCCUAUCAGUCACCCUUGUCGCCAAACAACCCAAACGAGACCACCCGGACUCGAUUGCCUGAGCUCCACCCCAAGGCAUCCUUUUCUUCUAAAAGAGACGCGGAGCUUUCGCCGAACGAAUUCCUUGCCUCGAUGCGGCGGCCAUCUGCCCCAGAUGCGCUACAGACGCCCCCAAAACGCACACCAACACACGCCUACCGCUCCUCAAACCUGAACUACACAUCCACGCGCAACGAGCCGAGAACACCACAAGCCGAAACGAGACAGGACGCAUCUUCUCAUCAUGACGGUACUGAAUCGCAUGGCUCAACGGGUCCGGCAGCUUCCGUGUGGGACGAAUUGGAUGAGUUGAAAACACGCAUCAGAAAAAUAGAACAAGGCGGCAGCAGCAAGACUCCCGCAACCUCAAACGCUGCCGUCGCACAAGCUUCUGCCGACCGUCCGCGAACCGCCAAUACAUCAGCCACCACAGUCUCAUCCUCCCCACACCAGCAACGAAAGCCAAAUGCAUCCCCGUCCGAGUCGACUGUCGACGCACCAUCCGCCAGAGUUCACCCUCUGCUGCGAGACGCCUUGGCAAAGGCCAAGCAGCACACUGCGCACUCGGUAUACCGCGUGCUUGAAUCCACAGCAACUGAAGCAAUUGCGCUGGCGGAAAUGGCUGGAAGCACAGGAAUGCUAAGCUCAGCUGCUUCUGUCUACAGUGGUGCCGCUACGGCCGAUCGACAAGUUCGCCGGAAAGCAGACAACAUCUGUCGCAGCCUGACGGAGCUUUGCAUAGCCUUGUGCGAAGCCAAGCCGAGUCUGGCAAGUCCCGCCAUGCGCUCUUCAGCAGCUGCUGUCGCACGCAGGCCAAGCGUACAAGUCAAUGGGGAAUCGCCAAAAACGACACGAGACAGCGAGGAAACCGGGAGUGUCGUCUCCUUCUCGGGUGUUAGUCCCAGCCGAGCCCUUGAGCGCAUUGAAGCUCGCAGAACCAGCAUGCUUGCAGCUUCCACAAGUAAACGCGAGUCCAGCCAGGAGCCCAAUAACACGUCCAACGCUCUCUCUGCAUCGCGCAUACAGCGAGCAGGCACCAGUCUCAACCGUACUCGACGACAAUCGGAUGCCGACGUCGACGAAGAUGAGGAUGAUACCCUACGUGCACCAUCCCGCGCGAUGACCGACUUCAGGCAGCUGCAAAACACCAACGCCAAUGCCAGUGCCAACAACAGUCACUUUGAGAGGAACCGACACACCAGCAGGACCUACACAUCACAGGAGCCAAUGCCUGAGUUGCAGCCGUCGCCUAAAUUUCAACCUGCCUCCAGCCUGCGACGACCGACUGUCACAGGUGUACCGAACGAAAACAGCCUGCUGUUCAAAGACAGCCCUCGACGCUACAAUUUCGACCGACAAAGCUCACCAGCUGUGGAAAAGCAGACGGUCGGCGGCCUCCGAGAACGUCUACAGCUAAGCGCCAAUCGCACCAACCUGAACCGCAAUUCGAUUGGUACAACAGCAGACCUGACCCGAAGCAUGAGCUUAGGCACAAGGAGGAUGAGAGGAGCGAGUACUGGAGAGUGA